AACCAAUGAGACAACGGAAGAAAUUAGGAGCAUUUACCUUCAACUGCAAAUUGUUCCCUUAUGUGACAUGGCGUCUGAUAGGAAAGUCAGUUCUUAAACGGGUACAAUCGUUAUUAUUGUUUUUAUGUCAUCAUUUGAUGAAGCGGCUUGCUGUAAAAGCCACAAACAUUUUCUAGAGACUUGCAUUGAUGGUAAUGCAUGCAAGGAAAACGCAGCGGAUGAACGAUGGGUACUUCGAGAAGCACCAAGCCCAUCCCUAUCAGAACUCGAAGUAUAGUUCAUCAAAGGGUUAUGGAUCGAGCAGUGAUAGGUAUGAUAGGAUUAGAGACUCCCCAAAUGGAAAUUAUCGGUCAGACAGUCCCGACUCUCAAUCCCCAAGGGAUCGUGAAAGAUCUUACCAAUCGAAGAGCUCCUAUCUACAGAAAAUUCGUGAAAAGGAGAGAGAAAAUAGAGACUACAAAAUGUCAAGAGACAAGUAUUCAGAUUGUGCCAGGUCACCAAAGGACAAACGUAGCAGAGAUUCUGAGCACAGGAUCAACAGCGACAGGAAUGACGAGAAGAGUAUUCUUCAUCCAAUAAAGGUUUCACAGAACUUGUCGUCUAGAGAUAGAAAACCAAUGCACAAUAAUUGUGUAGACAAGAGGGGCGACGACAGAGAGCGGGUGGCGCGCGUCGGCGACUGGACCGAGCACGUGAGCUCCUCCGGCAAAAAGUAUUACUACAACUGCAAGACGGAGGUGUCGCAGUGGGAGAAGCCGCGCGAAUGGGUCGAGCGCGAACGCGAGCGAGGCUCGUCGUUUCGAAGCCGCGAUCGCGACCGAGACCGCGACAACCGCGACAGGGACUCGGAUCGGUGCUACGGCGGCUCGAGCCGCUCGGGUAUGCGACAUGAUAAACAUUCCAACUCGAGGGGGCCGAACAGCAGCAGUAGCGGCGGCGGCAACAAGGACGGUGGGAGGGAGUCGGCCACCGCGAGCCGCCACUGGAGCAGCAGCAGCAGCCGCGACGACAGCGACGUGCCGUCGAAAGACGGCAGGAGAGACGGCGGCGGCGGCGGUUCGGGCUCGUCCCGCCACAAGCACGCCGGCGACGAGCACGGGGGCGGGGGCGGGGGCGGGGGCGGUCAGCAGCAGGACAUGGACAUAUCGCCGGGCGACAGCACCCCCACCUCGGAGGUGUCGCAGCCGGCGGGCGAGCAGCCGCCCCCGAGCGCCGUCGGGCCCGUGCUCCUCGCGAACGCGCUGCCCCGCCUCGCGUCGCACCCCCUCUCCGCCGAUCAGGACGGCGGCGGCGGCGGCUCGGCGAACGCGCCCGGACCGCCGUCGUCGCUCGGCGGCAGGCUGCACGACGCCUCCGGCUCGUCGGCGGCGGCGGCGGCGGACAAAAACUCGAUUCUCAGAUCCGGGGACAGUGCAGUGCAUACUUCUCUCAGUGUGGACACUAACCAUAGCGGGACGGUCAACGAAGGCCCUCCCACCCCUACGCAUUCAGAGACUCCAGACUGUGCAAAAGUAGCCGUACCUGUAAGCAGCCCGUCGUCGGGCGCGGCGUCGUCGGGCGUCGGCGGCGGCAGCUCGCUGUCGACGCUGCAGGGCGUGAGCAGCUCGCUGCAGGCGCUGCGGCCGCAGGGGCCGACCAUCACGCCCACCUUGGCCAACCACUACCGCGACGACCUGGUGAACCACGUGCGCGGCUGGCCGGCCGAGAUGGUCGAGAAGCAGGCGCAGAAGCUGGCCGAGGAGGCGCACCUGAUGGGCAGCGUGUCGUGCGCGAAGGUCUCGGCCGAGCUCAAGUCGGCCAGGUCGAUAGUGCGAUUGACGGAGAUACAGGCCACGUUGCAAGAGCAGAGAAUUUUAUUUUUACGCCAGCAAAUAAAAGAAUUGGAAGAAUUGAAGUCACAAAAUUCGUUUAUGUCCGACGACUCUUAGUGGGGUUGAGUGUAUCACAAGAUAAGUGUUGUAUGGCUAACAUUUUCAAUCACACGAAAAUGCGCAUUAUUUAAUUAAUUUAUCAUUUUUUUUGUUCUUGCGCCGGUGUGUAUUUAUAAUUUCCCUUCUCUUCUACGAAUCCCUUAGAGCUUUACAGGGCGACAACACGGCAUUUUUAUUUAAUAUGUUGAGUCUUCUUUGCUCUACUGUAUCCAGUAAGUGUUAACAAUGUCUGUUAUAUGGUGAUAUGGUUUUUGAUAGAAAUUAAUUUUAUACUUUCAAAUAAUUUAUUGAUUUAUUGUUGUUUUGAUUAGGGGGAUUCGAAAAAAUCGAAUAUUUUUUUUUACUUCCGACACCGAAAAAUUGGUUUUUAGGCACCUCUAGAAAGUAUAAUAUUAAUAUCAUAGUUUUCCAUUUUU